AUGCGCCAUUCUGGGUCGUCCGUUCUGGUGCUGAUCAUGGACAUCGCAGUCACGCGGCAUUGCGCUGUUCGCUGGGAGCGGAUGCUGGGCAACAACAUCUUUGGUAGAUCUCAAGAUUGGCACUCGCGCCAUCGCGAGCGCACGUGGGCUGCUGGCGGUCUCUUCAUCUACGAGGUGCACAGCCUUCGCUGCGAUACUACGAACAGUGCCGCUGCCAAGAGUCAGAAGGUCCACCUUUUCAGCGUGACCAGCCGCUGCGUCUCGCCGGCGGACGUCGGCCAGACGCUAGGGGGAGGGUUAGCGAGGAGUGAGGGAUAG